AUGGCUCUCCUUCGAUCUGUCCUGGAUCACGCCGUAUUACCCCCAAACGUGCCUGGGAAAAGAGAAAAAGAAGAGAGUUAUGAGGAAAUAUCCGACGAUCUUCUCACCAGAUUGCAGCGAGCUUGCAAACAGGCGGAAGGCCUGGCAGGUCAGCCUUUCUCUAAUGCUAUCUGCUCCUUGAGCGAAUCACUUCAAGCAUGCCGCGAGUUGAAUCGUGGAAGACUCGACAAAGAAACUAUGCUGCGAUACUUUGCGCAAAUCAAGCCACAGGAUGUUCUGAUCCUCUAUGUGAUUGAACAAAACGCCGCCAUCCUCAUAAGGCAUGAGACCAAUGAGAACGGGCAAGACUCAAUUAUCAUAGAGUCUUUCGAAACAUCUCCGACGACUGAACACGUACUUGCUGCCGAUAAUGCCCUUCAAUGGGAUUUCCCAGGACGCUCUGUCCGUUUGUCUCUUGCAGAGUUCAAUGAUAAGAACCUUCAGGAAGCGCUUGCAUCAUUUCUCGAGCGAGCUAGCAUGGAGUCAAUUCAUAGCCUCCAAGCUCAAGCUCGAAAGGCUGGGAGAGCCGUGUCAGAGCUUCGAGACACGUCCGAUCCGGCUUUGAUAACGCAGAUGCUAAUGGCUAUCCUUGAGGCUAUCGGCGACUUUGCUGCAGUUCCAACUCUCAGAAAGAGAAUUAGAGACGAUGUUAACCUCUUAGAGGCGGCAUCAUUGCCAUGGAGAAGACUCCCUUUCUGGCUGGUCUUGAGGGUUGCAGCCCAAAGACAGCUUAGUAUUUCUCUUGGUCAAAGUGGACGAGCUUGUUACAAGUUAUUAAUGAGUAUUUUCUUUGCCAAUUUACUCCAAGACGCUACCACAUCACUGCUUGCCACCCUUGAGCCUGAGCCUGAGCUUGUCGUCACUCUUCGAACAAAGCUAUGUCGUCGAAUGAUCAAGAUUGACCGGGAGAAAACUCACCUACAAACGCACAAAGACGCCUUUGAGAGUUUCUUCAACAACGCUGCGCCGACAAUUAAAAGUUCAAUUGAAUUUGCAAACAGCUCUGUCGAAUCUCUAUGGAAUGAUAUAAAGAAAGAAACAGAACGAUCCAUCAGACGACUUCCCCAACGAGUGCCUGAAAAGUCUUUGCGGUUGUCACUGAUGAAUAGCCGCGAUCACCUCGACAAGCUUUUGGCUGACAAGCAAGCUCCUCAGCCCCUAAGCAAUGUGUCAUCGGAUCUUCCCCGGCAUUUGGUUGAGCAAAUUGGGGAAACUCAUAAUUUUUUCAAUCGAAUAUACGUAUUAAGUCAGCUGGAGCAGAAAAUUGAGCUCGAUAGUCGGCUUGCCUCGAGCACUGUCGACGGUAGUGAAAGUCACUGCCAGAGACUUGCUGACCAAAUUCACAAGGUCUUUCAGGAGAUUGGAAAAGCCUAUGAUGGCGACCCAAUUCUUCAGAGUUCCAAGGCGCUCGCGAUAUUUGAACUCUGGAUGCGGAUGGACAAAUCUGCCCUCAUAUGCUGUCCUCUGUUGGGCAACUAUCGCCCGGUCUUCAAGCCUGAACUCCUCGAUGUCCUUCAACUGCCCUCCCUGUCUGAUAUGAAGCGACUCUUGGCAAUUCAGGAUUAUCUUGAUAAUCGCCACGCAAAAGCUCAACAUGGCCACAUUCUUGAAGAUUCGUAUACGGUCAGUUUCGCCAAACAAUAUGUGAAGCAAUCAGAGCAGAUGAAGAAAGAUAUGGCAACUAUCGAAGACGCAGCGCAGGCAAACCGUGAAGCUAAGAUUGAAAAUUGGGAAAAGGUUACAUCUGAGUAUGAAGAACGUACUCAAAAUAUUAAUACAACGGGUUGUUCCUGCACAUUUAAACAUGGUGUUCGAAAUAUUCAAGGCUGCACGAGAUGCUGGCACUGGAGGUGCCGUAAUCGGCUCCGAGUGCAACACCACGAAGAUUUUCUUCCAGAUGGCGAAGCCAAAAAGUGUCAAAUCGUUUUUGAAUUGCUAAUUCCCAAAUAUCUGUCUGCUUACCGCAAUGCAACAUGGAAGAUCCUCAGAGAUUUAGCGCACCCUGGCCGCCUGCGAUCAAAACCACCUUUUACUUCGUUAGCUUCAUGUCCCCUACUGUCGAACUUUAUGACGGCAGAUGGCACGAAUAUUUCGCUCGCAUCACGAAAGAAAUGCUUCAUAGAAACACAUUACAGUUUCAGUGAGGGAUUGGUGCCGAUGAAUAAAAUCAUCUUGCCGUUUGCAGCAGACUUUCGUUUAUACGACCAUGGGGCCAAAAUGUGGGCGAGCGAUCUUGCUAAAGUUCCCACGCUGUAUCAUAUUUGCGGAAUUCGAGUUCCAAGAGGACUUUCCAGCACCGUUUUGAUACCACAACAACAUCCAGCUGAGGAUGUUGACGGUCCAUCCUCUUAUGAGACCCAAGCCAAUAUCACCAGAUGCCCAUCCACCAUGUCUCUGGCAGAAUUUUCGACAUAUCAGAAGCUCCUUGCUGGAAAAUCUCGCCGCUGGCUAAAAAUCCUUGUGGAACUUGGCUCUUCUAACCUCGAUUUCAGCAGUGAAGACACAACCUCUUUGCUUACUCAGUUGACUGUCCAGGCCGGUCCUCGUCUUCUUGGGGAUUCAGGUGCUCUACGUAAAGUGCAUUCAAUUAUGACAGAUGCGCAUUUUACCAGGGGCCUGAAAGAGCAGAUUAAAAAUCGGUUGGAUUCUAUCCGUACAAAUUGGAGAGAAUCAAGCGGCAUGGAACUACUUAUCAGCCUGAGUUUGCGAGCUUUCUCUUUACUACCUGAUGGCAAAAUGCGCAGCGAGUUUGAACAUCUUCUCAAAUUAGCUAGGGCUACUGCUCUAGAAUGGAUCAAUGCAUCUCAAGAAGAAUCUAGGAAGGCUCAAGACAAAAAGGAUGCUCAUAGAAUCUCCAUUUAUAGCCUAAAGGCGGCUUUGCUAUGUCGUAGGACUUUCGAGAUCUAUAUUAGACACGAGACGGCGCUUUUUUCAACUGAUCUUUCUUCUUGGAUUCGAGCUUCAAUGGCCCUUCAAGAAACUCAAGUGGUUGGCAUCAACAGUCUGCCAGAUCUGGUCAAAACCAUGUUUAUCCAUGAUGCAAAGAUGACUUUUCGCCUUAGCUCUUUGAUUCACAAUGCAGUUGAAGCUCAUUCAAAGAUCAUUGGAGAGGCUAUUGACAUUAACUGGCAGAAUAGUACCAAUAGCACGGCCCAGUCUGAAUCAUGGACGUUUCUUCCCUAUCCACACGAGAAUUGGAUUCGGUUCGUUGUGGACGAAAAUUUUGAGCGCUUUCAAAGCAAACAGGUUUUCCAUUUACAUAUUUUGGAAGGUCAUUACCUCGUCAACGGAAAGCGACGAGGGAGUCUCCCGCCAGCUAUGCUUAACGAUCCCACUAUCCAGCUGUUAUUCGGAGACCACAGUUUAUACGUCUAUCCUUCGUCCAUGUGCGGUAUGGACUAUAGACUUGACCGAUGUUUUCAAGAUCAGAUCAUUCAUUUUGCCCAACGCCAAUCUCGGGUCGUUGUACGAGCACAAAAAGGAGAUGUAAUUUACGAAUUCAUUCCCAGCGCCAUUUUCAAUCUACAUAACCCCAUGACAUUUGAUCUACCUAUGAGUCUAGUAGAUUCCUGCUACCAUUGGCUAGACCUGCAAACUGGUAUUCUGGAAAUUCGGCGGCAUAAUUCAGCUUGGUGGAGCCGGCCUCGCGACUGGAGGUUGGAUUUUUUUAAGGGGACAGCAACUCGUGGCGGAAAUGUUAACCUAGUUGAUCCACGAUCUGCUGAGUUUCAACAAGUGGCCAGUAUAUUCCGACAUUUUGAAACGCCACAAAAGCUAACAGUCUUCCAACCGGUAGCACGAAGGGGCACACUCUCAGUUGAACUACGUCAUCUAGACCUUGAGUUCUGCGUCAAUGAUAUCGGCUUACUUGACUGCAGGCAGCUCAAAGCAUCUAUAGACCUCAAUCAAGACGCUGGAACAUGGUAUGGGCUUGCCAGUAAAAUCGUGUUACGAGACAUGCAAGACGAGACAAAGAGAAGCAUAAUUGUGCCCAAUGGAAAAUUGACGUGGGCACGUCACCACAGCGGCAUACAUGUAUGCUCCUUCUCAAAGGACUCUGAUGGGUACUUUCGAUUCGACAUUGACGAGGCUCUUGGCCGUUUAUCUGCACCGGCAGAACCAAUUUUGUUAUACAAGAAAGCUCUAUACCACGCUGUCACAUCUUUCUGUAUACCGGAUCCUCUAACAGGAGUAACCGGAACGGAGGAAGCAAUCCGCAUUCUGAAAUCCGGUACAGCCCAGCCAUGGUCACCCACUUCUUCUCCAAACCUUCAGGAAUUUAUAUCUUUGCUCCCUCAGCGAGAUUAUUAUCCUGCAGAUCUCAGACGCUUACAGAGGGUAGAAUGGAAUAAGUCUCUUACGGUGACCAUCCAAAGUGACCAAUUCGAGACUCUAAUUCGAAAAAUUGAGGAGAAGGCAGCCAAGCUAGCUAAAUUUUCUCAAGGAACGGAAAUUCACACGAUGCCUUCUAGGAAAGAAACUCAACUACGGCUCCGCGCAAUAACUCGUCGCUCGCUAUAUGAGCGAACAAACGAGGACACUGCAUAUCUACGGCAAUCUGAUAAGAUAUACGUUCCUCGUGAUAGAUCACUGGAUGCCAAUAGUAGCAAGGUAUACAGAAUUGCCAACAUGAUACACUCAGGAUCACCGCAUAUCGAGAUAAAGCGCAGUCUGCAAGAAAUUCUUGAAACUUGGGACUAUAUCGAUGGCUUCCAUAAUAGUUCUUUAUUGAGUACAGAACCUCUCCUAAAGCAAAUGGAUGACCCAAUCAACCAACGCUUUGGCUCGCUUAUAAACUUCUGUUGUGAUGAGAAAAAUGUAUUCUCGUCAAUCUUCCAGCUAAGUUUAAUCUUGUUUCGCCCCAAGGCCGAUAUGGACGUUAUCAACUUUUUGACGGCAUUUUGCUGUAUCAAAGAACUCAGGGACUUAGAGCGUCCAAUGUACUCUGAUUUUUCGCGCUUCAAAGACCGCGGACCUCCUACAAUUGAGAUCCUUCAGAAGUUCAUUGCCGAAGGAUUCAUACCGUGCCCCUCGGUGUCUAAUAAUGGUAAGGAACAGCAGAGAACAGAGGAAAGCCACGAAAAAGAAUGUGAGAGCCAAGGGAAAUUAUUCGCUAAAGCGCUUCUUAAACUUUGGCCUAAACUUCCAAGCAGUCCUAGUCCCAGCGAGGUCCAUAUCCUGCCCCAUAUCAAUAUUUCCACUGCAUUACACACUAUUCAGCCAGACUGGGAUCGUAGACGACAAAAUGAUCUGUUGGCAGCUUAUAUUGGUCAAGUUGACAAUAUUAUCUUGCAAUAUCAAGGUCUAUUCAAUAGCUCUAGCUGCUUCUCAAAGAAACCGGGACAGUGGCAGCCGAGAAACUUCAAUCUUCUCAGUGCCAAUUAUCAAGAACCUGUUCCAUCUGUUUCGCAAGAUCUUGUGAUCAAAGCUGGCCCAGAACUUCUUCGAAUCGACAGCCAUUUCAAAUCUACUAAGCCAAAAUCACAAACCAGCAAACUUCAACAAGCGCCACUUGAACUCGUCGAAUUAGGCCAAAUACUAGAUUCCUUUUCUAAUUCAGCAAACACCCUGCGUCAUAAUUAUAGUGGCGACCUUCUUCGCAGUUUGGAAGCUUUGGAGCAGAAUAACCACAUAAGAGGUGCCGAUUCGUUGGAUUUCAUUCCUGAUAUAAUGGAGAUAACUUAUGCCAUCGAAGAUACCCAGGUCGCUGCAUCCACAUAUCUGCAAUUGAUCAAAACUGCACUUUGGUCAAGCGAUACUCGAUUCACGUGGCUCGCUUUAGGAGAUCUUCUGCCAUGCAAAACUCCUAUUGAGAUGCUCGAGCUUUUGCAAUCUCGCGCUAAUCAUCAUUUUGGCAUUGGCAUGAAGGAAGCUCUUAUACAUUAUGGCUGCGCAAUUGCAGAAACCCAGAGAUUAAACCGUCUGAGAACUGCUAUACUUUGUGGUGAUCAGCGAGCUAUGUAUGAAGAGCUUCACAAUGUCGGCCAUGAGAACUGGGAUCCCGCGCAAGAAGAUUCUGAUUGGCUGCUAUUGGAGAUUGACAGCAACAUGCUGAUUCGUACGGAUCAAGUUGAUGUUGCCCGAGCAAUCAUUAAUCCCACAUCGGGCGAGAAUAGCGUUCUACAAAUGAAUAUGGGGAGAGGUAAAACAUCCUGUAUCAUGCCCAUGGCUGCAGCUACGUUGGCAAAUGGGAUGGAUGUUUCCCGUCUUAUAGUCCCCAGGUCUCUUGUAAUGCAGACAGCCUAUAUGAUACAUGCACGACUAGGCGGCCUCGUUGGAAGAGAAAUAUGCCAUAUACCAUUCUCACGCCAAACAUCGACUGCAGAUCAUAUAAUUCAAUUAUACAAAGAUUUGCACCAUGAUAUCCAAGGAUCUAGAGGUUUAAUCUUGACGAGCCAUGAACAUGUGCUGUCGUUCAGACUAUCAGGGCUACAGCGCCUUGCGGAUAAUAAGUUCAAAGAAGCCAAAUCAAUGAUCAAUUUCCAAAAUUGGCUUGACACUCAUUGUCGAGAUAUUUUAGAUGAAUCAGAUUUUACCUUGUCCCCGAAAACUCAGCUCAAUUAUCCUAGUGGAUCAGAGAUGGCAGUCGACGGACAUCCAUUUCGAUGGCGGGUUGUACAGGGUCUUCUAUCUAUGGUGUCCGAGUAUUUGCCGCGACUACAGGCAGACUUUCCACAUAGUAUAGAGGUAUCGGCAACAUCUAGCUGGCUUCCUACUGUUCAAUUUCUACGAACUGAUGUCGAAGAUGAGCUUCACCGGCUCAUAGUAGAAGAUGUCGCUGCCGGCAAAGCUCCUUUUCUCUACAGAGAGGGAAUAGCUGAUGAAGACACGCGAACAGCUAUCAAGCGGGUGCUUUCUGAGAAGACCCUUGAUAAAGAGGCGUUCAAGAAAGCAGUCAAUUCUUUCUCGCGCCCUGAGAGCGCAGAAAUAACACUACUCACUGUUCGAGGGUUAGUUACCUGCAAGAUAUUAGUGCUCUGCCUAGCAAAGCGAUGGAAUGUGCAAUACGGCCUACAUCCACACCGGCCUCCCGUCGCAGUCCCCUAUAUGGCUAAAGGCGUACCUUCGGAGUUAUCCGAGUACGGCCAUCCGGAUGUUGCCAUCAUGUUGACAUGCCUAAGCUUUUACUCGGCUGGACUGUCAUUUGCGCAGUUCCGAGAAGCCAUAAAGCAUGUAUUGGAUUCAGAAGACGCAGCAUUUGAGUAUGAGAAGUUGACUUCGGGAUCAAUUUUACCCCCUUCUCUACAGCAUUGGAACUUUAUAAAUCUAGACGAUGAGUCUCAGAUGAAGCUUCUUUGGGAACACCUGUUGCGAACCCAAGUUGUCACUGACUAUUACAUGAACAAUUUCGUCUUCCCACUCCACGCCCGGCAAUAUACUAUAAAAUUGCAAGCUUCUGCGUGGGAUAUUCCUCAGGAUACCAAACCAGAAACAACUCGCCGUGCACGAACGACAGGUUUCAGUGGCACCAAUGAUAACAGGUAUUUACUACCGAUGACAAUUCAGCAAGAAGAUCUCCCCGAUCUCCUUCAGACAAAUGCUGAGGUCUUAUCGUAUCUGCUGCAGCCUCGCAACAGGAGAUAUGCUGUCAUGGUGGACCGCAACCGGCGACGUCUCAGUGAGCGUAACAUGCUGGCAGAGCUAUCAAAGCGAGAUAUCAUGGUUCUAAUAGAUGCUGGUGCAUAUAUCCUUGAGAUGGGAAACCGGGACUUGGCUAGGCUGUGGCUUGAAGUCGACAAGAAGAAGAAGUCGGACGCAGCUGUUUACUUUCGUGCUGACAACAGUGCUUGGGUUACCUUCAGAGAUCCGGCGAAGCGAGAUGCACCGCUGCUGGCCACACGGCUAGCGAAUGACCUGAAAGAUUGCAUCGUCUAUUUCGAUGAGGCUCAUACCAGAGGAGUUGACCUCAAAUUACCAGCAGAUGCACGGGCGGCACUAACUCUAGCACUCAAGCAGACGAAAGACAACACAAUGCAAGCGGCCAUGCGCCUUAGACAAUUACGUACAACUCAGUCCGUGACCUUCUUCGCCCCGCCAGAAGUCGAUAUGAGCAUCAGGGAUAUUUGCGGCCGGCGUUUUCCUAUUAAAAGCCGCAUAGAGUCUCCUCACGUCAUUUUCUGGCUUCUAGAGCAAACCUGUAGGGCAAAUGAAGACUUACAUCCUCUAUUCCGGGCUCAGGGUACCGAUUUCUGCCGGCGUGCAAAUGCAGUCCUGCAAUAUCCCGACUUUCUUACUUCAAAGUCUUCUGAAUCUAGCCUAGUCAAAGUAUUGCAACAGCAAGAGCAUCAGACUCUGGAGCAGCUCUACAGCGGCUCAUCUCACGACCCAUUACAAGGCCUUGGGGAAAUGAGCUCAUCUCGCCUUCAAGGAUUUGUAGACAAGCUAUCUCAACACGAUAGUACAGACGCUUGGCAACAAGAUGCAUUUGGAGAGGUGGAGCAAGAACGUGAGCUUGAAGUACAGCUUGAGACACAACGUCAUACAGAAAGACCCGUUCACUACGAGGCAUUCCACUUUCCAGGUCUGAGCUCAACUAUCUUGAGCUUCUUAGAGACCGGGGAACUAGACAUUGCCGCUGGAGAAGUCGAUCAUGCUUUUGACUACAUUGGCCAGACGGAAACUGGCAAAAAGCACCGGAUUUGUAGCACUGGAUCGAGAUUCUUUGUCUCAAGAGAAUUUGGUCGGACAAUUGUGCUCUAUCAAAAAAACCAAAAUGUGGGGGAUCGGUUCCUACGUCCCGUAGAAUGGAUUCUCUGGAGCGUUUCAACUCAGACCGCCCUAAUCAUCAUUCCCGAAGAGGUUGAGCUGCUUAUUCCGAGGCUUCGGCAUGUCGGUAUCGAAUCAGAUGUACACCUAAUUGCCUAUGCUCCUCCUAUUACACGAGCUAUGACGCCUUUUAAUCGGCUUGAUUAUUAUACAUUGCCCCCAAUUCCCACCAACACUGAGUUCCCUUCAUGGUUCAAAGUGGAGCUUGGCAUUUUGGCAGGCCGCCUCUACACGGACUACGAAGAGUGGAAUCUCGUAAACGCCUAUAUGAUGGCUUCUCAAGCAGAUACUCCAAUUAGCUCUACGUUUUUGUUGGAAUGGCUUGGUGUCCGCUGCCGGGCAAACGAUGUACUUCACACUCCGAUUGGGUACAUCUGUCUUGGCAGGACCCCAGCUAAAGAUCACCCGUUUUUUGCACGAAAUACGCAUGUAGCGACUACGAUUCUCACAGCCUUUCCAGAGGAUGAAGGCGCUGAAGAGCUAGAGAAUGAAGAAUGGGUAGAGACAGAGGAGGAAGAUUGGGCGGAGGAUGCGGAUGAUAAGGAAUGA